UUUCCAAUGAUUGGGAGCACACAGUCCAUCGUUACGUUCUCAUUCUGUCCUCACACACAGCAGAGGCAACAUGAGGCUGCAGGUCGUCCUGCUCGUUCUGCUCGCUCACCCCUUUGCUGCUGAAGAGUCGUGUAUGGAUCGCUGUGAGAAUGGUUUCGACUCUGAGCGGAAGUGUCAGUGUGACUCGAUGUGCAAGUAUUACAGGAGCUGCUGCUCUGACUUCGAGGUGACCUGUGGGAUGAUGACUCGUGGAGACACGUUUUCGUCUCCGGAGGAUGCUGAUGAAGAUGAGGUCUUGGAAGGCACUACUUCUUCCCCCGGACGCUCAACACAGUCUUUUACCACAGCUGGUCAUCAGCUGAAGCCCACGCGUCCGCCCAUCUCUGACUUCAGACCACAGCUGUCUCCAGAAUCCACACUAGACAUGACCAAACCACCACGACUGAUGGACACCAUGUUUCAGAGAGUCCCUGUCAGACAGCAGACACCCGCCUCAAACACUGUCCUCCCUAAACAGAAGGUCUCCUUAACAACGGAACCCCCUAACAUUGAUACAACAACUCAGAUGACCACUGUACCCGUCACUACGCGCACCACUGCAGCCCCCGACCCAGAUGCUGAGGUCUGCAGUGGGAGGCCUUUUGACUCUUUCAUGCAGCUUAAAAAUGGCUCCAUCUUUGCCUUCAGAGGGGACUACUUUUUUGAACUGAACCAGCAGUCGGUUGUGCCUGGUUAUCCAAAGCUCAUUAGGGACGUGUGGGGCAUCGACGGGCCAAUCGAUGCUGCUUUCACCCGCAUCAACUGUCAAGGGAAGACCUACUUCUUCAAGGGUAACAAGUACUGGAGGUUUGACAGUGGCGUACUGGAAGAAGACUAUCCUCGAGAUAUCAGCGUGGGCUUUGACAAAAUUCCCGAUCACGUGGACGCAGCGUUUUCCCUCCCUGCCUCUGGUCAUCACGGACGAGAGAGAGUCUAUUUUUUCAAAGCGGAUCAGUACUACAUGUAUGAGUUCUUGCACCAGCCGUCUCACGGGGAGUGUAUCACCAUGUCUGAGAGCUCUCCGUCCACGGUGUUCAGACGCUACACUGACAUUUACUCCGACGUCUAUGAAAGUUUCUUCAGCGACCUCUUCUCUGACUUGCCUCAGCAUCAUAGCAAUCACCACUUUAUUGACAAAGACUGGAAGGGCCUCAAGUCUCCGGUGGAUGCCGCCAUGGCAGGAAGGAUCUAUGUGACUCCCUUGACGUCGUCACGCCGCGACCGCUAUGGCCAGGACCGGCAGUGGGAUCAGCAGUACAGACAACAGUGGGAUCAGCAGUACAGACAACAGUGGGAUCAGCAGAACAGACAACAGUGGGAUCAGCAGUACAGACAACAGUGGGAUCAGCAGAACAGACGACAGUGGGGUCGCGGGAGGCAAAGCCGUUCAACCGGCUGGGGCUCCAUGGCUGAGCAGGGCAUGAACAUGGGUCAGGACUCUGCUGCCAAGGGGAUGGAAAUGGGUCUGAAGUUGGCAGAGAGAAGGAUGGAAAUGGAGGAGCGGCUUGGACGAGGCAGGGACAGAGGGUGGGAACAGGAGGGGGACCGAUACCAGCAGAACAACAGACGAAAUUCCGACUCGAGAAGUGAGAGGGGGCACUUGGAGAGAGCGAGGACAAUUCCCAUUCAGAGCGUCUUCUUCUUUAAAGGAGAUAAAUACUACAGAGUGGACCUCAGCACCAAGAGAGUUGACCCCGCUGUUCCUCCGUAUCCCAGAUCCAUCGCCCAGUACUGGCUCGGCUGCUCAAAAACCAGUAGAUCAGAGAAGUAGCUGUUUCAAAUGUCUAUAAUAUUGAUACAUUUGUGUACAGCAGGAUCCAGAUGAGCGGUGUUCACUGUGAUGUCUGUGUCAGUGUGUUCAGUGUUACAAAUAACCAGCUGCUCAUUAACUUUAGAAAAUAUUGAUCUUUGAAAGUCCAUAUGCUCCUUGUUGUGGCCAAAGGUCAGGCGGUGGGUUUUCUGUACGCUGCAGGUCAUCAGUUCACCUACUUCAUCAACACAACCGCUCUGAUAUAAAAAAAACUAUGUUUAUAUGUAACAGUUAAAGGUUUAAUGUUUUAUACAUUUACAGCUUUUCAUUUAAGUCUCCAGUGUGGUAACAAUUGAGGAGAUCGUAACACUGCCUCCAUUCAAAAGCUCACAAAGAAUCACAAAGAUGUUUUCUAAAUCAUGUAUCUACAGAAAGAGAUUCAUUAUUUCAUUCUUUGGUUAUUAAUUGUAAACAUAUAUACAGUGGUGAAAUAUAAUAAAACAAUAAGGGGCGGGGCAGGAGGGGUCAUAUAAUUUGAGAAGAAGAAAAGUGAUUAUGUUUUCACACAGCAGAAAUGUGACAUCACAUCAGAGGUCAGAGUUCAUUGACAGCUGGGCUCAUGCUCGAGGACACUAAAACAGUUUUACAAUUCCAGUUUUAUCACAUUACUGAUUAGUGCAACAGAGCAAAAUUGAACACUAUAAUGUAUUGACAGAAUGAAGCAGGUAAAUGUAACUGUUUUUUGUCUACUGCACAUUCUGUGUACGGAGUCAAGUUUGUUCUUAUUUGUGUUUCAAUAAAACAUCAGCAAAUCUCA